AUGGGCAAGAUUAAGAUCGGAAUCAACGGGUUCGGUAGGAUCGGCAGGCUCGUGGCCAGGGUCGCCCUCCAGAGCGAGGAUGUCGAGCUCGUCGCCGUCAACGACCCCUUCAUCACCACGGAUUACAUGACCUACAUGUUCAAGUAUGACACCGUGCACGGCCACUGGAAGCACAGUGACAUCACCCUCAAGGACUCCAAGACCCUUCUCUUCGGUGAGAAGCCGGUCACCGUCUUUGGCAUCAGGAACCCUGAGGAGAUCCCGUGGGGUGAGGCUGGUGCUGACUAUGUCGUGGAGUCCACCGGUGUCUUCACUGACAAGGACAAGGCUGCUGCGCAUCUGAAGGGUGGUGCCAAGAAGGUUGUUAUCUCUGCCCCAAGCAAAGAUGCACCUAUGUUUGUUGUUGGUGUCAAUGAGGACCAGUACACCUCGGACAUUAACAUUGUUUCCAAUGCUAGCUGCACCACAAACUGCCUUGCUCCCCUUGCUAAGGUCAUUCAUGACAACUUUGGCAUUAUUGAGGGCUUGAUGACAACUGUUCAUGCCAUCACUGCCACCCAGAAGACUGUUGAUGGACCCUCAGCCAAGGACUGGAGAGGUGGCAGGGCUGCCAGCUUUAACAUCAUUCCCAGCAGCACCGGUGCUGCCAAGGCUGUCGGUAAGGUUCUUCCUGAUUUGAAUGGCAAGCUCACUGGUAUGUCCUUCCGGGUUCCCACCGUGGAUGUGUCUGUUGUUGACCUCACUGUCAGAAUCGAGAAGGGUGCCUCCUAUGAGGAAAUCAAGAAAGCUAUCAAGGCUGCUUCUGAGGGCCCACUCAAGGGUAUCAUGGGCUACGUGGAGGAGGAUUUGGUUUCCACCGACUUCGUUGGUGACAGCAGGUCGAGCAUCUUCGAUGCCAAGGCCGGGAUUGCUCUGAACGACAACUUCAUCAAGCUUGUCUCAUGGUACGACAACGAGUGGGGCUACAGCAACCGCGUCGUCGACCUGAUCCGCCACAUGUUCAAGACCCAGUAG